GCCGCGGCUGUGGAGGAGGAGGAGGAGAACCACGCGAAGCGCGGCAUCAGCACACACGGUGGUCGCCGACCCGGAUUGCGCUGCCUGCUGCUCGCGCGGCGCCCUUAGGUCCCUCCCAUCCCGCGAGCCCGGAGAAGAGAUGGAAAGGGUCCAGGAGCUGAUUCCUCUGGCCAAAGAGCUGAUGGCCCAGAAGCCCAGCGGGAAGCUGGUGAAGCUGUACGUGCUGGGCAGCGUGCUGGCGCUCUUUGGCGCGGUGCUCGGCCUGAUGGAGACCUUGUGCAGCCCCUUCACGGCCGCCGACCGCCUGCAGGAGCAGGAGGCAGCGGUGGCCGAGCUCCAGGCCGCCCGGGAGCGAAAGGCCCUCCAGGAGCGGGACCUGCUGGAGAAAAGCAAGCCGCUGGAGGCCGUCCAGGGCUGCCGGGCCCUGUCCAACCGGCUGCACGCCUCCUAGCAACCCUGGGGGCCGGCAGAGGGAGGGGGAGAGAGACACACAGAGAGGAGAGUGAGCCAGAGCGCGAGGGUCAGGCUCGAUUGGGCCUCUUGUGCUGUUUGAACUUGCUUCUGAGAAGCCACUGACUUUUAGAACUAAGCUACAUGCGGAUGCACGGGAGGGAGUUUGGCGUUGAAUUUUGCUGCUGUGCAGCACUGCAGAAGGAUGACAUGUCCAAAACUAGGUACCUUCCAGAUGAGUGCACCUAGAAUUUUGCACUAGGGUGAAAGGAGGAGAACUGCUUUUUAUAUUAUUAUUGCUGUUAUUAUUAUUAUUACACUGACCAUCAUUUUGCAUUUUGAAAUAAAAAACGUUUUGUAUUAUAGCUCAGCAUCUGACUCCUG